AUGAAAGCACUGCUGCGCUGUGGCUUCCAUACUAUUGCAGCCCGUUCGAUUAAGAAGAACAAGUUACCACCGAGGCCCAAGCUCUCUACCCAAAUGGAGACAGAACUGGAGGAGAAGUUUCUCCAUGGAGGCAGAGGCCCCGGAGGACAGAAAAUCAAUAAAUGCAACAGCAAGGUUCAGCUAAAACACCUGCCAAGCGGGAUUGUCGUGGAGUGCCAGGAGACCAGAUCCAGAGACCAGAACCGGAAGCUUGCUCGUGAAAAGCUUGCUUUACGUAUUGCACAGUGGCAAGGCGGGGGUGGGCCCGUAGCGCGGGAGGUUGCCUUGCAUGAAUGGGAGCGACAAGGCAAGCGUAGCAAGGAGCGCAAGAGUAAAGAUAAGCACGUGAAGCAUCAAGAGGUGCGCAGAUCUGCCGAGAUGCAAAAAUUGCAAGAAGAAGAAGACUUGCUUCGCAGCCUUUUGACGUAA